GCUUGUGGCUACAAGCUAACAUCAUACGGACGAUGAUAGGCGCAGCUGUGAAGAGGGAGGGACCGUGCUGUCACCAAACGCCGCUGUCAGAGAGAUGCUAGGCUGCGAGCUUUCCAGACUCCCUCUUUCACCUUCACCAGCUCCCAUACGAAGUAGUUGUCCUGUCAAGGGUGGGGUGAUGUCUGAGCUUUGUUUUAAUCUGUAGCCUGCUGAACUCCCAGCAUUGUACUGUGAGUAGUGAACCGUUCACUUCUUUCGAGGAUGGACUGGUGGGAGAUCCAGCAAGUGUAUCUUUAUAACAUGGGCGUAAUGUAGAGGCAAGUGUUGGACAAGGAACACUUUAUGAAGAACAAAGUUUUCUCACGAAGAGGACAUUUAAACUAAAAUCUAUUCAUAUGACAUUUUUAAAAUUCCCCUGCUGAUUUGAUUGUUUGUUCCCCUAAUAUCCUAAAGUAUUUUUACAUUCAUGUGUCCACCUCACCCCCCUAGUAUUGCAAAAGUAAAGAUCCAAAGUAGCUGGCCCCAUUUUUAUUUUAGUUUUUUACUUUCACUUUUUGUUCCUUUGUAAAGAAAUGCUUUACCUGAAAAAGUACUUCACAGAGGGCCUGAUUCAGUUCACCAUCCUUCUGAGUCUUAUUGGGGUGCGGGUGGACGUAGACACCUAUUUAAACAAUCAGCUGCCCCCACUGAGAGAGAUCAUUCUGGGCCCUAGCUCAGCCUACACCCAAACCCAGUUCCACAACCUUCGCAACACACUGGACGGCUAUGGCAUCCAUCCAAAAAGUGUGGACCUGGAUCACUUUUUUACCACACGCCGACUUCUAAACCAGGUGCGGCAGCUGGAUCGCCUCUCUGUGCCCACGCCUGAGCUCAACACCUGGUUGGUUCAUCGCGAUUCAGAGACCGUGGUGUCCGCCGCCAGCCACUCCAGCCCCACAAUCACCCUGGACAAUGGGGCCGGCCUAGACAACGCCGACAGCCCUGACGCGACCCCGGCCAUGAGGGGAGGAAGUGGAGCACCUGAAUCCACCUACAACCUGAAUGCAGCGGAGAGCACCCUGGGAGCCGUGGCCUCGGAGGAGACCCAGGAGCAGGGCAGGAGCAGCGGCGAUGACCUCACCAAAGAGGACAUUGAUUUGAUAGACAUCCUUUGGCGACAGGACAUUGACCUUGGUGCUGGACGAGAAGUGUUCAACUAUAGUAACCGUCAGAAGGAAACGGAGGAGGAGAAGCCCCGCCCACAGGAGACCAAGAAUGGAACGGAGCAAGAGCGCUGGAGGAACGGAGUGAACUCACAGGGAGCGCCGCCUGUUGAUGGGGAGACAGGAGAGAGCAUCCCAGAGCAGCUCCCAGCUCUUGGUUCUCAGACUUCACUUUCUCUUCAGGAGUGUCUAAGGCUGUUGGAGGCCACAUUUCCAUUUGGACAAGAAUCUGAGUUUCCAGCACCGGUUGUUGCAACAGAAACCGCAGUUUCCAAUGAAGACGUUCCUUCCACCUCUCAGGGGCUGCUCACACAACUGUCCCAGGCAGAGCCACAGCUAGACUUGGAACAGCAGUGGCAGGACAUUAUGGCGAUCAUGGAGCUUCAGACAAUGGACGCUAAUGCGACUUUGGUCCAGAACAACUCCACCGUCAGUGUUUCGAAUGGCACACCUGAGUCAAAUAACAGUAACUUUGCGCAUGCCACUCGCUCUACACCAAUCAACCAAGAUGUCAGUCUUCACCAGGCCACUCUCCCGAGCUGCAGCCAGGACUUUCCCCAAAUAUUCACUCCACAGUUUGACUCUGGCAUCACACCUCGCCCCCCCAUGCUCAGACUGGCCUCUGGCAACAGCUCCAACAUCAACUCCACAUUUGGAGCCACUAACCUGACGGGUGUGUUUCUGCCACACAUGAACAGCUCCAGUAACAUCACAACCACGCCCCUCCUCCCGGACCCCUUCAGCGCCUUGCUGGAGGAGUCCAUGCUGGAUGAGAUCAGCCUGUUGGACCUGGCCAUGGAGGAGGGCUUCAGCCAGGCGCAGGCCUCUCAGCUGGAGGACGAGCUGGACUCAGACUCUGGUCUGUCUCUGGACUCUGGUCACAGUCCGGCCUCUCCCAGCAGCUCCGAGACCUCCUGCUCCUCCGCUGCCUCGUCCUCCUCCACCUCUGCCACAUUCUCAGAAGAGGGCGCUGUGGGCUACAGCACUGACUCUGAGGUGGCUGCGGCCGAGACAGAGGACGGGGCCACAGGGGGGUACCAGCCCGGCUUUAGUAAACUCUGUCGCAUGAGCUACCAGGACCCGUCCCAAUUCCACAACCUGCCGCAGCUCGACAACAUCAGCCAUAAUCACACGUACAACCUGCCGUUGUCCUCUGCCUUCUCCGACCGCCCAGAGCUCCCCCUCUCCAAUGCCAAGAAAUCUAUUAGAGACAAACAGAGCUCCAAGCUGCAACAGCAUCAGGACUUACUGGACAAGCACGCAAGCCGGGAUGAACGGCGAGCUCGGGCUAUGAAAAUCCCCUUCUCCAAUGAAAAGAUCAUAAACCUGCCCGUUGAGGAGUUCAAUGAGCUUUUAGCCAAACAUCACCUGAGUGAAGCCCAGCUGGCCCUCAUCCGGGACAUCAGAAGGCGUGGCAAGAACAAAAUGGCAGCACAGAACUGCCGCAAGCGCAAACUGGACACCAUCAUAAACCUGGAACAGAACGUGCAGGAGCUGAGGCGUGACAAAGCCCGUCUGCUGAAGGAGAAGAUGGAGUUCAUUCGCUCCAUUCGACAGAUGAAGCAGAAGAUGCACGGCCUGUACCAGGAAGUCUUCACUCAGCUCCGGGACGAGGAGGGCAGGCCUUACCCGCCCAACGAGUACUCGCUCCAGUACGGCAGCGACGGCAGUGUGCUCAUCAUGCCCCGCAGCAUGGCCAACGCAGAGCAGAACCGAAAACCAGAGAAAAAACAAAAAGACAAAAAGAAAUGAGGGACUUAGCUGCUGUUUAUUUAUCUCUUUGCAAAGUCAUUGAGAAUUUCUGCAGAUGCAAGAGUUGUCCUUUUUCCUUUGAGAAGAUCCUGGUGAGUAGAAAAUGGCAAUGUUGACUGCUCUUCCUGCAUUAGUUUUUCCCUUUUUCAGUCUUUCCUGCAUUUAUUUCUUGGAAACAACUUAAAGCAGAAGUGGCUCCAUGUUUAAGUACGGAUACGUGUUCUUUAGAAAAAGGAAAAACAAUAAGCGAGGGAUGUCAAAGGACGUAAAAUGAGCUAUAAGUAAAAUUCUAGCUUCUCUUGAUCUGUUUGCACCGAAUCACUAAUGAAGAAUAUUUAUUGUGAUUUCAACAAAAAGUCGGAGAACGCUUACAAUGAAGGUUGGAUUACUAUGCACUGGAUGAAAAGAUUUACAGGACUUUGUGAUGGCCGAAGACGAGUUCCCCAGAUUCAGGCAUUUGUGGUUUAGAUACCAAAGGAAAAGGAAGUCCAUGGUAUAGGAUGCUCUUUAUUUGCUAACUGAAAAGAACAUCUUAAACAUCUCACCCUAGAAAUGGAAAGAAAAAAAUCAUUGAUUGAUGGGACAGAGAGGGCCUGAAGUUGUACAUGGGCUGGCCACAGUUUUGAAGGUCUUGUCUGUUUUGGUUUCAGUUCACGUGGGGCAGUUGGAUGCUUUUUGGGGUGCUUUAGAGAGGAGGCAAAUGCAAAAUGUAUCAACUUCCUAUUUACACAUAGCACUGUAAUUCGUCCCUAAAAGGCUUGGCUAUUUGCAUUUUGCUGUUUGUUGCUACUAUUUUGCUGCUGUUUUAAACACACAGAGCUACGAUUAGGAUAGCUCUUAUUAAAUGUCCAUAAUCUGUAGUAUUAAGCAAGGUUUUAGAUAUAGAUACAUCAGCUUUAUGCAACCUACACCUAUUUUUGUUUUGGUCUAAAAGAACUGAGCCGUGAUCACAUGAGGUAUUUAAGUGACUGGUUCCAAUGUACUGUUAAAGGAUUUGCCAUAUUUCAUCACCAUUUUAAUUUUGGUCUUGUCCUGCCCUGUUUUAAGCAUUACAGGCUCAGCUGGGUAUAGAUAACUUAUUUGCCAUUGUAACCCAGCUGAAAGCCAAUUGAGGUAAUUUAACAUUUUUAACUGCUGUAAAGCCGGACGUUGGCUUAAAAUAUAAUGCUUAUUUAUGUUGUUGGUGUGCGUUUUGACGAAGUGAGCCAAUGAGACGAUGUUUUGAAUGCGUGAAUUGAAAAGUUAGCAGAAUGUGUUUGCGUGGCCACUUUGGUUUUGAAUGCCUUGAGUUCACUAUCUCAUCAAACUUUUAAAGGUUUUGGGAAACUUGUUCUCAAAAGUAGAAGUGCUAUUACUUGUCCCGAGUGAAGUUUGUCUAUUGGUAUGUGUAUCUCAUCAUCACCCUUUAAAAAUAGGUCAGUCAAUGCAGCUGAAAUAGCAGUUAGACAACAAUAUUUACAAAAGGCUGAAAAGACUCUGCAGCAUUAAGAUGUCUUUGUUUUGAAAGAGGAUUCAUCUUCAUCAUAUGUGAUAUUCUGGCAUGAAAACUCUGGUUAACAUCACUUCUGUGUAACACUACUAUCAGUACUGCUACUACUUGGUGCACUUUUGUCUUGUCUCAUGUAAAUAUGUUCAUGUUUGUCUUCAUUUAUGUAGUUCGUCAUUAAAGUCUCAACCUUCUGCUUUCUGUUUGGAUGUAGUUCCCUGUUUUGAGAUUUGCUGGCAAUCAGAAAUUGUUUUUAUUGAUUAAUAAAGUGUUUUUAUUUUCA